AUGUCGAACUCUGAUCCAAAGGCAACCACUUUCCAGCCGCUCAACGAGCCCGUCGGCGGCUGGCCUGCAGCCAAGGUGACACUCCCCAUCCCUAUGGGUGAAGUUGCCGCUCGAACCUCGCAGGACAUCGCCAAAGCACGUGCUGCAGCUGAGUUUAACCCGGAACGCAUUGAGGACACUCUGCGUGAUGCCCGAAUCGACAACGACUCUCGCAAGAAAGUCAUGACCAUCCUCUCCGAAGACCCCAUCUUUGGCAAUUGGAAGAAGCGCAUGAUUCACAUGAACCGCGAGCAGCAGAUGCGCCAGUCUCACUUUGCCUGUCGACGACUGCUCGAGCUUGGUGACAAACACGGAUGGACUACGCACGAGAUCAUCGAGGCCGCUUUGACGCUCGACCUCCAAUCGCCCAUCACGAUCCACUGGGUCGCGUUCGUUCCCGUCAUCUUCGGUCAGGGCAGUGCCGAGCAGAUCGAACGAUGGGGUCAGAAGGCCAUGAACCACGAGAUCAUGGGUUGCUACAUGCAAACCGAACUCGGUCACGGUACCAACGUCCAGCAGCUCGAGACAACGUGUACGUACGACGAAGCCAGCGAUAACUUUAUUCUGCACUCGCCUACGCUCACUUCAACCAAGUGGUGGGCUGGUGGCCUGGGUACUACCGCUACCCACGGUGUGGUCCAAGCACAGCUGAUCAUCAAGGGCAAGAGGUACGGCCCUCAUCUGUUCUUCACCCAACUGCGUGACAUGGACUCGGGCAAGUUGCUCGACGGUAUCGUCGCCGGCGACAUCGGUCCUAAGACCUAUGGCGCCUUCGGUGGUCUCGACAACGGUUGGGCUCGAUUCAACCACUUCAAGAUUCCCCGAGAUCACAUGCUCAGCAAGCACGCCUCGGUCAAGAAGGGCGGAGAAUACGUCAAACCUCCGAGCGAUAAGUUGAGCUACGGUGGCAUGAUCUUCAUCCGUUCGCAGAUGAUCGAUCGUACAGGCUGGAUGUUGUCGCGAGGUGUCACGAUCGCCACACGAUACGCUUGGGUCAGGAGACAGUUCCGCGACCCUUCGAGCAAGGACAUCAACGAUGCUGAACGAUCGGUCUUGUCUUAUCCUUCGACGGCACGUCGUUUGCUGCCGCUCUUGGCUAAAGCUUACGCCUACAUUUUGGCUGGUCGAAGGAUGCGCACCUUGUACGAGGACAUGGCUCAGCAACUCGAUGAAGGCAACACGGAACUGUUGGCCGAUGUUCACGUCGCAAGCUCGUCGCUCAAAGCUUACUGCACCAAGCAAGCUCUCGACGGUAUCGAGGAGUGCCGACAGGCUUUGGGUGGGCACGGAUUCUCAGCGUACGCCGGUUUCACCUCAGUGUUUCCCGAACAGGCGCCUGCGGUCACGUACGAGGGUGACAACAUUGUGCUGGCCUCGCAGGUGGGUCGUGCGAUGCUCAAGAUCAGCGGUGAGCUCGACAGCAACGCCAACACCAAGGUGGCUGCCACCUCAGGCUUCCUGAAAGCGAUCAGCCAGAAGGGAGCCAUCGCAUUCACGCAGCCUCAGUCCGCUUCGGACUGGUACAAGCCUGAAGUGUACUCAGCAGCGCUUGGCCUACGAGCUGCGCAGCUGGUGGUUGACCUGCGCGCCGAAAUCAAGAGCGGACGACCGUUCGUUGACCUUUCGUUCGAAUGCAUCGAGGUGGCCAAGUCGCACGCCGAGUUCGUCGUCGAUCUCUGGUUCGGUGAAGGUAUUCGCGAUGACGCCGAGCGUCUGGGCGAGAAAGAAUGCAAGUGGCUCCAAAAGCUUGUUACGCUACACGCACUCAGCGCUCUGUCUCGCAACAUUACCCCGCUCGUCCUCCCCGCUUCCGCCGGCCGAAACUUGGCUGGAUACGCGACGAACCAAGCCAUUCUCACGCCCGAGUCGGUGAUCCUGCUGGAGAAGGCGAUUCGCGAUCUGGUCAGCGAGAUUCUGCCCCAGGUCAUCGGUCUCUCGGACGGAUUCGGAUGGCUCGACUGGGAACUCGGAUCGAGUCUCGGCAGAAAGGACGGCCGCGUCUACGAACAGCUCAUGGCCGACGCCGAGGCCAACCCGUUGAACCACCCCGGCGCUGUUCCUGGCCUCGACUCCAUCGACAAGGUCGGCGUGUACAAGUACGGAAGCAACAACAUCGGCAAGGGCGUUCCGGACUGGUACAGCACUGAAAUUGGACCCAUGCUCAAGGCUGCUGCCGAGAGGUCGAACCUUUAG